UUCACGUCCUGCUUUGCCCAAAUCUUUAUUUGCUUUUACAACCCAAAUGCAGAUUUUUUUUUGGAUUGCUUUAAUUUAUUAACAAGACUUUAUAGAAGUGCAAGAUAAUUUAAUCAGUGAGUUACAUUCAGAAAACCAAGAAUUACAGAAUGUGCUUCGCCGCUGUACAUAAUAAACGGUUGUAAGUCUUACAGGUUUCCUUUAACAUAUCCGUUAGGUUUUGCGUUAAAGUAUCUUUGUUCAGCUCAUGGUUGGGCGUAGAGCCAAUACUGCACCAGCACCACCAAAACCUUUAAUGCACGAAGACACCAGAAAAAGCUGCGAAGCAAAGCUCGCGCUGCAAAGCUCGCUCUGUUUUGUGUGGGCGGGGCUACGUGCGCUGCGCGGAGAUUGUCCCUGCAGUCCCGGCGCGCGUGGGGGAGGACCGUUCACUACUGCCACACAGCACUUCGGCUUUUGUUGUUAUGCGCGUGCUACAAAAACACGACAAGCUUAAACCUCUGGAAUUAAUAAGAAGUACUAUAAUUAUAAAGUAUUUAUUAGGAACCACACACUGAAUCCCGCGACAGCUCGAGCCCCGCAGCCGCGUGCCCUGUAGCCGCCCAAAUCACGUCACUGGAGGAAACCAACCGGGUUAAAUCGUGACAACGUCCGCGUGAAUGUCGGGCAGAGCGAGACCUCCGCUCGGUACACGCGCAGGCGUCUCACACGCUGCUUACUGCGCUUUGCACGGAUCAGACUGAACAGUCCGUUCAGAACUGCUGAACAUUCAGGCUUGCGACCCCCGUCUCUCGCGCAGAUGCGCCCGUCGGCUGCUCAGAGUCACCCAUUAGCGCGAUCGUGAAUAAACACGGAUUAAGGAGAAGAAGAGCGAGCUCACAGCUGCACCGUGGGGAUUUGGAGACAUCUGUAGUUUAUAACUGGAUCAGAAAUGCCAUCGCGAGGAAACGCGUCCGGACUACGCGCGUGAGAAACUCCGCCGACGGCUGAGUGGAUCUCGUGCGUGUUUCUAGGAUCCGACGAGGAUGAGGAUGUCUGAAGCAGGGAGCUGAAUCUGACAAACCAGGCAGUGACGUCCCGGCUUCCCUAGCAAGGGGUGAGGCACCAUGGGAGAUGGAGGCAUUCCAUCAGCAGGAGAGCGUGUCGGUCAGUCCCACGCGCUGUUCGACCGCUUCGUGCAGGCCACCACGUGUAAAGGAACUCUGAAGUCCUUCCAGGAGCUAUGUGACUUCCUGGAGCUCAAACCAAGCGAGUACCGCGUGUUCUACCACAAACUCAAGUCCAAGCUCAACUACUGGAAGGCCAAAGCUCUGUGGGCCAAACUGGACAAGCGUGCCAGCCACAAGGAGUACAAGAAAGGCCGUGCAUGUGCAAGCUCGAAGUGUCUGAUCAUCGGGGCGGGGCCGUGUGGGUUACGCACCGCCAUUGAGCUGGCCUUCCUGGGAGCUAAGGUGGUGUUGGUGGAGAAGAGAGAUGCCUUCUCACGCAACAAUGUCCUCCACCUCUGGCCCUUCACCAUCCACGACCUCCGUGGGCUCGGUGCCAAGAAGUUCUAUGGAAAAUUCUGCGCAGGAUCCAUAGACCAUAUCAGUAUCCGUCAGCUCCAGCUGAUGCUACUUAAGAUGGCUCUUCUUCUGGGUAUUGAGAUCCAUGUCAACGUGGAGUUCAGAGGUCUGAUCGAGCCGCCAGAGGACCAGGAGAACGCGAGAAUAGGCUGGAGGGUUGAGGUUCACCCCAGAACACACCCCGUCAGCCAGCUGGAGUUUGACGUCAUCAUCGGCGCGGACGGCAGGCGGAACACUUUGUCAGGGUUCAGAAGGAAAGAGUUCAGAGGGAAGUUGGCCAUUGCUAUCACAGCUAACUUCAUCAACCGUAACACCACAGCGGAGGCCAAGGUGGAGGAGAUCAGUGGUGUGGCUUUUAUCUUCAACCAGAAAUUCUUCCAGGACCUCAGAGAGGCCACAGGUAUUGAUUUGGAGAACAUCGUGUACUAUAAGGAUGACACUCACUACUUCGUGAUGACUGCCAAGAAACAGAGUCUGCUGGAUAAGGGCGUCAUUCUGCACGACUAUGUGGACACAGAGAUGCUUCUGUCCCGCUCUAACGUGGACCAAGCUGCCCUGCUUGCGUACGGCAGGGAGGCUGCAGACUUCUCUACCAAUCACCAGCUGCCCCAGCUGGACUUUGCUAUCAACCACUACGGGCAGCCUGAUGUGGCUUUGUUUGACUUCACCUGCAUGUACGCGUCUGAGAACGCCGCACUGGUGCGGCAGCGCAGUGGACACCAGCUGCUCAUAGCCAUCGUGGGGGACAGUCUUCUGGAGCCCUUCUGGCCCAUGGGCACUGGUAUCGCGCGGGGCUUCCUGGCGGCACUGGACUCAGCGUGGAUGGUGCGUAGCUGGGCUCAGGGCAUCUCUGCCCUGGAUGUGCUGGCUGAGAGGGAGAGCAUCUACAGGCUCCUCCCCCAGACCACGCCCGAGAACGUCAGUAAGAACUACAGCCAGUACACGGUGGACCCAGCAACGCGCUACCCCAAUGUCAACCUGUACCUACUCCGCCCCAGCCAGGUGCGACAUCUGAUAGACACAGGGGAGAGGAGGGAGGUGUGUGUGGAUGUGGAGAACGCGAUCAACACUUCCACACCCAAACUCUCAAGGAACGAACUUCUGGUUGAGAAACAUUUGCAAGAGUCCAUUGCGCGCUCCAGUAAGCUGCUGAGCUGGUGUCAGAGGCUGACGGAAGGUUACCGUGGCGUCAGUGUGUCUGACCUCACCAUGUCCUGGAAGAGCGGCCUGGCUCUAUGUGCCCUCAUCCACCACUACCGGCCCGACCUGAUUGACUUUGAUAUCCUGGAUGAGAGGGAUGUGGAGAGGAACAACCAGCUUGCUUUUGACACAGCGGAGAAGGAGUUGGGGAUCUGUCCCAUCAUGACGGGGAUGGAGAUGUCCACUGUCCCCGAGCCUGACAAGCUCUCCAUGGUCAUGUACCUCAGCCAGUUCUAUGAGAUGUUCAAGGACACAGUGCCCCCUGGUGAGAACCACAGCCUGAGUCCGGAGCAGAAGGCAGCGCUGGUGUCCACCAAGUCCCCUAUCUCUCUCCUCAGCAAGCUGGGCCAGAACAUCUCCAGGAAGCGCAUCCCCAAGGAUAAGAAGGAGAAGGAGCUGGAUGGAGUGGGAAAGAGAAGGAAGACCAGUCAGGCCAGCCAGCAGGACGACGACGGAGAGCAGCAGGUGGUAUGUGAAGAUGAAGCUCUCUCGGCCUCCACCCGGACGGAGCGCAGGGUCAACUCCACUGCACCGGCCAAUCACAACAAGGUGAAAUCCAUGGCCACCCAGCUGCUGGCCAAGUUUGAGGAGAACGCACCAGCUCAGUCUGCAGGCCUCAAAAGACAGAAAAAAGUUCACAACACGUAUGAUGACGACAAUGACGAUGAUGAUCUGCUGUCAUACCCGGACACUGGACUCUGUCCUGCGGAGGAGUCUUUGCGGGACCUUGUUCCUAGCAUUCAGGACAGAGUGGAGAUGUUAACUGCCAAGUUUACAGGACAGUCACACUCACCUCACAGGCCCCAGCCCAUGAAAAAGCCCUCACGCUUCUUUAUCGAGCAGUGGUUACGGACCCGCGGACUGGAGUCCCAGCAGCAGGAGGGGCAGAGACUGCCCCCUGGUGGCCGAGGGCCGUCACACAUCCCCAGUGUCCAGGAGAGAGCUGAUAGGCUAGACUGGCUGUUGAACUACAAGCCUGCCUGCCCCAAGCUGUAUAUAAAGAUGUAUACAGGGGGCGUGAGCUCAUUGGCAAAGAAAAUAGCCAAUCAGAUUCAAACUCAGGAGGACUCCAGACCCCCUCUUGAGAAGAGGGAUUUGGGGUCCUUGCGGAAGGAGUUUCCUCAGAACAUUGGUGGUAGUGACGUUUGUUUCUUCUGCGGGAGGCGUGUGUACGUGAUGGAGCGUUUAAGCGCGGAGGGAAAGUUCUUCCAUCGGAGCUGUUUUACGUGCGACUACUGCGGCACCACACUGCGCCUCUCCUCCUACGCCUUCGACGUGGAGGACGGGAAGUUCUACUGUAAGCCGCACUACUGCUACCGUUUGUGCGGUCAGUCCCAGAGGAAGAGGCUGCCUUCCAGCAUGGUUCCUCCCCACCCACAGGAACGGCAGGUCCCGGCGGGAGUUCCAGGCUCCACGGAGAGCAGCGUCCGAGGGUCAGCCGGGGAGCGCCCGUCCUCAGCCCUGGAGGUUAACGGCCAGGCGGAGUCCGUGCUGAUGAAGCGUGUGAAGGGGACCCCCGAGCGCAUUGAGCUGGAGAACUACCGGCUGUCCAUGCUGCGCGAGGAGGACCUCCAGGAGGUUCCAGAGGAGACGCUGGCGGAGCAUAACCUCAGCAGCAUCUUGGACAAGACUACGGGCGUGGAUGAGGCCUCCAGUAGCUCAGAGUCCGACAUGGAGGAGGAUGACGAGGAGGCGGGGCCAGCCGUGCCCUCGGACUUGGGGGGCGUGCCCUGGGAGGAGGCUGUGGAGCUCCAUGCCAAACUGAAGCGUGUUGGAGAAGGUGGAGAAGUGAACCAUGGUGUGGAGAUGGAGGAGGAUGAGGAGGGUGAGGAGGAAGAGGAUGAAUCGAGUGAUGAGGGGCAGUAUUACCCCUGGGAGAGGGAGCUCCAGUCAGGUGUUUGGCUGGAGAAGCUGACCGAUGCCAUGGAAGCAGGGACAUGUGAAGCCAGGAACUCACUGCCCCAACUGCCCUUGGUUGCUCUGCUCCCCCCGAUGGACACACAGGUCGAGGGGGACAUGGCCUCAGGCUCCCAGCCCACCUCCCGCACAGUCCCCUCCCACAUGCCCACACGGCACGAGGCUGUCAGGGCCUGGCUGGACUCCCUGUCUGGAGAGCCGUGUGAGGAGGAGGAGGAGGAGGAGGAGGAGGAUCUGGACGCUGAGGCGGGGAGUCCCGACAUUGAGCCUGGAACAGAGCUCGAUGAAGAGGAAAUCCCUUCAGACACAGAGGCCGAUGCUCUUGUCCAGCUUGUGGAGGAAGCAGAGCCCCACCCAACAGAGAGCAGCCAAUCAGAGAGCCCCGAGCAGCUGCCCAGAACUGAACAAGUGUCUGCAGGGUCACGGGAGUUCAUCGUGGAUGUCAUUCUCUCUCCAGUCCAAAACUCGUCUCCACAAGAACAGCAGGUCAUAGAGAAAACCUCUCCGGUACUGGUUACGUCUCCAGGGAAGCGCUUUUUCCCUGAACCAUACCUGCCUGUUGACAUCACAGCACACCUUCCUGUAUCAGCCACUCCAGACAGCCAGAGUCCUGCCUUCCUCGUGUCGGAGGCAUCUCCGAUCCGCUCCCAGCCCGUGCCGCUUCCCGAGGCCGUGACCCCCACGCCUCCUGGCCCUGCCGAGGCGUGUGCCUGCUCAUCUCCGCCCAACCCCUUGUCGCCCAUCUGUGCCCAACCGCUUCCGUGCCAGGAGUCUCCGUCUCCGCUCUCCACAGGCUCUCCGGUGAGGACCCAGCCGGGCGCUGCCGUCACUUCCACGCCUCUGGCCAAACCCGCUCUAGAGAGCCUAAGCACCCAACCUCCCAAACCGCAGGAGGAGACGACAGUCAAGAAAACGGACAUCAUCGAGGAGUUCUGGCUGAAAAGCGCGGAGAUCCGGAGGAGUCUUGGCUUAACCCCGCUGGAGAGGAACAUGGAUAUCGUCAAAAGCCCCGUGCCCGUCUGGUCCAAGGUCCACGCCCCCGUGGACCAGCCUGAGGAGGUGAAGCCGGCCUUCACAGGCCGCGCCGUCAUCCGCAGGCUCAACAUCACGCUGGAAGGUCAGGUCAUCUCCCCUGUGGAGCACAAGACCUCCGUCUUGGACAGGAAGGAACUGAGCUACAGCUCUGGCGUGGGCCUCAACGACAGCACGGUGACCAGCGACAGCUUCAACAACUCGGACUCCACCAUGCUCACGCCACCUUCCAGCCCACCCCCACCCCCGCCCAACGAGGAACCCGCCAAGCCCCCAGGCAAGAAGCCUCAGGUUGUUUGGGACAAACCGCCUGUAGCUGAUGAGGGACCUAAAGCAGAGGAAACACCUACCAAAGCUCAGAGUUCUACCAGUGCCGUCGUCUCUCCGGUCCCCGCCCCCAGGGCCAACCCACCUGUGGUGAUGAGGGCCAAAGACCCUAACAAACCACAGCGAGACCAUGUGAGGAAGUCCUUUGUGGAGUGUGUGGAGGACAUCCCGUUUGCUGACGAUGUGGAGGACACGUACGAUGACCAUACCCCAGACACGAGUGCCCAGGAGAGGUUUUACACGCCGCCCACAAGCCGAACGCACAGAGACAGGCUGCCCUUACACCUCGCCUUGGCCGGGGUGAACGGCAAAGCCAGCAGCCCUGCGGGUCUGGUGUCCAGAGCUACGAAGGGUAGGCAGCACUUCUCUCCAGAGGCCAAGGAGAUCGCAGAGGAACGGCUGAGGGAGAGGGAGAAAUCGGUGAAGAGCCAGGCUCUCAAAGAUGCCAUGACCCAGCAGCUGAACAAGAUGAAGGAGGUGGAUGUGGCGGCAGCGUCCCAGAGCAACGCCGAGCUGGUCGUUAAAAAGAAGAAGCGCUCCAGCUUCCCACGGGGUUCAGCGGGGAAGACGCCGGAGUCCCACGCGAGCAGGAGUGCGGACAGCUCAGUCACAUCCUCCGAGAGCUCCACCAAGAGUAAGAAACGCAGCUCACUGUUCUCCCCGAACAAGAACAAGAAAGAGAAGAAGGUCAAAAAUGAGACCAGACUGUCCGGAUCCGAGGAGACACCGCCCAAACACAAGUCCCUGUGGAAGGCCAUGUUUUCUGGAUACAAGAAAGACAAGAAGAAGAAGGAGGCUGCCGGCACGGCCUCGAGCUCCACCACCGUGGAUUCCGGACAGAAGGCGUCCCUGCUCAGCCGCUCCUCCGAGUUGCGACUGAGAAGACAUCUCAGCUUUUCCGAGGACUCGGAUCUCUCCUGUGAUGAUGUUCUGGAACGAUCUUCUCAGAAGUCCAAGGCAGAUUCUGUUUGUGUUCCUCACGCGCUGCUGUUCAGGAGAUCGUGUGGCGCUAAGAAGAUGUACACGGAGGAGGAGCUGAACGCUAAGCUAACGCGCAGAGUGCAGAAAGCCGCACGUCGUCAGGCCAAGCAGGAGGAGCUGAAGAGACUACACAGAGCUCAGAUCAUUCAGAGACAGCUUGAGCAGGUGGAGGAGAAACAGCGCCAUCUGGAGGAGAGAGGAGUGGCUGUGGAGAAGGCUCUGCGUGGAGAAGCAGGGCUGGGUAGAGCUGCUAGGGUUAAAGGUCGAUCAGACUAUUGGGGCGAGUCUAAUUACACUGAGAUCCUGGACUUGCAUCUGGGCGUUGAGCGCUAUGUUGGGACCCCGUGUUGGAGAACUCUGUCCUUCUGCCCAUGCUGUUCCCCUGAAGGACUAGGGAAGAAGGAUGACCCCCAGUUGAUGCAGGAGUGGUUUAAACUGGUGCAGGAGAAGAACGCUCUGGUGCGCUACGAGUCUGAGCUGAUGAUCUUCGCCCGUGAGCUGGAGCUGGAGGACAGACAGAGUCGCUUACAACAGGAUCUCCGGGAGCGCAUGGCUGUUGACGACCACCUGAAGACGUCCACAGAGCUGGCAGAGGAGAAGCGGAUUCUGAAUGAGAUGUUGGAGGUGGUGGAGCAGCGUGACUCUCUGGUUGCACUCCUGGAGGAGCAGAGAUUGCAGGAGAGGGAGGAGGACCGAGAUCUGGAGGCCGUCAUGCUCUCCAAAGGCUUCAGCCUAAACUGGGUUUAGCUGCACCAGCACAGUCCACCUCCAUGCUGCGGGUGUUCACCAGGACUCCUGACUCCACCUGCCCGUAGCUCUGCUCCACCCACAUCCGAGACCUUUUCUCCACGUGGGCGGUGCAGUGGGAAGCACACGUCCACCUUGGAGACUGGAUUUGUCUGGUGUCAGCUGUUUUUGGAUUCAGAAAGGGAAUUGUCAGGGAAAUCUGACCAUCGAAGAGACGUUUGAAAAACAACCUGUAUUAGCCACAGUUUUCUAAUAUUCUGCUGAGUGCUUGUUAUGUGAGAACUGGGAAAAUAGAGAGAGGACUCUGGACUCAGUUUCCCAGUGUGCUUUUCUUCCGUGACUACUGACUGACAGUAGUAACAGCCAAUAGCUAUAGUCUCCCUAAUCACACUUGCCCAUAAUUCAGUGGGUCAGCCUUUAAGAUAAGGUGAUGAAAGCUUGUUACAGUUCUCAUGCUCUGCUGCAGUUGAGCUGUAAUAGUCGAUGAAUCUGGCUACAGAUGUUUAAAUCAUGCAUUUAUUAUUAUAGUUUUACUGGAAGCAUGUAAUGCGUUAUUUCCACUGAGCUAAUACAGAGUCUCCAGGUCUUUUAGUAAAGGUGGGAAGAACUCUGACAUGUCUGAAAACCUCACAUCAGGACGAGAAGAAUAUCCGUUAAGAGUACACACACGCUUCUCCUGUAUUGUACAUCCGUUAAGAGUACACACACGCUUCUCCUGUAUUGUACAUCCGUUAAGAGUACACACACGCUUCUCCUGUAUUGUACAUCCGUUAAGAGUACACACAGGCUUCCCCUGUAUUGUACGUGUUACACACAGGCUUCCCCUGUAUUGUACGUGUUACACACAGGCUUCCCCUGUAUUGUGCAUGUUACACACAGGCUUCCCCUGUAUUGUGCAUGUUACACACAGGCUUCCCCUGUAUUGUACGUGUUACACACAGGCUUCCCCUGUAUUGUGCGUGUUACACACAGGCUUCCUCUGUAUUGUGCGUGUUACACACAGGCUUCCUCUGUAUUGUGCGUGUUACACACAGGCUUCCUCUGUAUUGUGCGUGUUACACACAGGCUUCCUCUGUAUUGUGCGUGUUACACACAGGCUUCCCCUGUAUUGUACGUGUUACACACAGGCUUCCCCUGUAUUGUACGUGUUACACACAGGCUUCCCCUGUAUUGUACGUGUUACACACAGGCUUCUCCAGCACUGUACAUAAGACGGGCCCCCAUCACAGCCUGGUGAUGACUCUGGACUCUGCUUUGAGUUUUUUCUCUUUUUAUUCCCACUGGACUGUUUACAAUCACACCAGGAGUGAAUUUCUUAUUGUCACACUACAGUUUCCGGAAGCUGGACUGUCAGGUAGAUCUUCUCAAUCAGGACAGUUUAGGAGGGAAAAAACUGGGAUAAUUAAAAAUGUCCCAUCAGACUGUGGACAGUCCAACAUUGUCAGGAUAUCGUUUGCCUCUGUCAUGUCUGAUUUGAUGGUCUGGUUCGCCAUCAUCUCCUGGACUGCUAAAAAGCAAAGGGGUGAACCAGUGAAAUGUGCAACUCAGACCCACACUACUAUCAGACCCACACUACUGUCAGCCACUGGCACAGAAACAGUAAACUAAUUGCUUUGCACUGGUCAUGUGGGCUGUUUGUUCACAGGGUAAUUCACCAUUUCUGAGGCUGUUAUUUUUAUUUUAUAGAAGUAUAUUUGUAUGACAUAUGAGUGGGCAAACAGACCACUAAUAUGCAACACAGGACACUCAGAGCAGUCAAUGUUCAUCAGCGUGGACACUUUUUUCGCCAAACUACAUAUCAGCUUGGUCAUCAUUAAGCUGUAAAGGUGAACAGAAAUUUUUUUUAAAUUUCAAUGUAAGUAAAGAUAAUGUGAAUUAAAAGUUACAGUUUAUGACUAGUUGUUUAGACUGUAAAAUGUUUUACAGAGUUUAUUGGUAUUUAUUAACACGUGUGAAAAUUUACUAUGUAAAAAUGGAGCCUAAUUUGUAAACUUGUAGCUGUCAACUCGACACGCGUGAACGCUUCCAGUAGCUAAUUUGCAUAUGGAAUAUAUGGGCUGUACGUUUAAAGGUAAUAAAACAAGCUUUUGUUCCUCA